AGCCAUGAUGCCAGUCAACUUUCGCAUUUCAUUCAUUCAUCAAUAUCAUUCUUAUCCUGACUGCACUGAAGCUGGCUGGUGACGUGCAUGGGGUGGAUCACUGGGGUGGAUAGUCAUUUGUAUUUAUUAUUUUAAAAGGAAACAUAUUCAGUUUCGUUUCACUUAAUUUAUUUUAAUAUGAUCAAUAUGUUGUUGUGAAAAACGUUUAAUAUUUUUAAAAGGUCAUACUACAUUAUAUUUUAUUCCCAUCCUCGGUUUACGUCACCCAACGUUCCGACGUCGAUUGCGUCAGUGCAAGUGAGAGUUCAAGGUUGAGUUUCAAACCACGAGAGUACCCUCACGUAGAGCUCUACGCAGUCUACGCAGUAGCAUUGGAAGACGAAGAAGACAGGCGAAGGAGUGGCUCAAUCAAGCCUGCCGCCUAACCUGAUGGCAAUGGAUGGCUUUGAUGAAGCCACUCGUUCGGUAUUGGAAGAAGCGUCCCCAGCACGAGAUCCCCCUGUGCCAAAAAAGACAAAGAGUGGCACCAAAGCAGCCAUUCCAUCAUCCAGGUCUUCCUCACCGGCACCCAUGACUGUGAUUGCUUCACCAACCAUGCCUGCAAAAGAUGUUGCUGCGGGUCUCGACAGUCUGAAGAUGCAGGCCAGACACUACAAAACCUUGAGCAACAUGUACAACAAGCCCAAUGCAAAACCCAAUCAAAAUGAUGUGGUGCAAAUUCUGGACCUCGAGUUCGAAGCAAGGCGGGCCUUUAUCGAUUCAGAUGUUACCAAGGAAGAAGACCGACCUGCAAAAAUCCUUGAUGCAUAUCCAUGCUUUAAAGAUGUUCAAAACGCCAUGGAUGAGCUACGGCGCAUAGUAGAUGGUACUAACCGCAGAUACAUCGAGGACGUAAGAGGAAGAUGGACAGAAUUCUGCACGAAGGUGCAGUUCUACAGCGUGUGGAAGAAAGUCCUCAAACCCCCUUUUCCUUUGGAUGUUCGCAGUGUGGAUUUCACACUGGCCCUCUUCAAUGCACUGCCACCCCUCUUCCCCUCAUCCGUUUUGCCACCAAAGAAGCUUGCUUGCAGUGAGGCACUUAUUCAUAUACUGAAGUCAAACGAAGACCCUGCCCUCUACCUGCAGAAGCGUCCUCUCUGCUCCCCAGUUCUGCUGUUUGAUGGCUCAACUACCAUCGUGGCUGUGGGUAACGUACCUGUUACAACCCUCAAGCAGGAAGAUUUUUCAGAAGGGAUGUUGGUGUUGAUGGCCUACUAUUAUACAUUGCACCUCACAUACCCCAAAUGUGUGGCAACCCUGCUCUCUGUUAUUCAAACGGAGGUCAUUGGUGACGCCCUCCAUGAUAAGGAUGCCACUAGUUCAUACAAAAAAGCAAUGGCCGAGUGGAACGCAUUCAUUGAGAAGUAAAUCUGUCAGUUGUUGAUUACUGAUUGUUACUAUUGCAUUGUUUUGUGUGUUUCACAAGUUAAUUGCUGUUUUUUGUAAUUAUUCAGUGGGUCUAAGGUGUUGGUUUUUGACCAAUACCCCACCCCAAAGUGAAAUUGAGGCAGUGGCUGAGUCACCGGGAAAACUCUCCUGCUCACUUAUCCGAAUAUGGGGACUUUGAGUGGUUCAAUUUUACUUCGGAGUGGGGUAUCCCUUAACGCCUGUAUUUCAGGAUACAAUGUUGGAAAAACGCUACCUCAUAAUGUCAGAAUUUAAUUUCCUUUUAUUACUGUGGUCCCAGUACAUCUAAGUUGUUUGUCUUAAACAUGUACCCCAAUCCUAAGCGAAAUUGAGUCACUCGCUAUAGUCCCUGGAGUUGUGCAAGUGAGCAGAAAAGUUUUUCAGGUAACCCAGCCACUGUCUUAAUGUGACCCAUCAAAGAGCAGAAUAGAGAGCGCGCUUCUGAAGGUACAAGACUGGGUUAAAGCAGUCUUUGUGUUGCCAACCCCCAUCACAGCAAAUAUGCUCAGCAAAGCAAUUGUCACCUAUAUUACCAUCUUUAAGUAGUUGCUGUACUCUAAGGUUACUAUUUCAAGGCUCAAUUUCACCUGGGAGUGGGGUAUACCUAUCCUGUAUUUCAGCAUACAGUGUUAAAAUGCUGCUGCAUAAGGGCUGAGAGAAAUGUGAAGAGAUUUAUUCGAAGCCUGUAUUUCAGGAUGCAAUGCAAAGCAGCAAAAUUAUCUCAAGUGAUCUCAAGCGUUUUUGCUGCCAAAUUGAGGCUCGAUUUCACCUGGGAGUGGGGUAUCCCUUACGUUAUACGCAUCCUGUAUUUCAGCAUACAAUGUUAAAAUGCUGCUUCAUAAGGACUGAGAGAAAUGUGAAGAGAUGUAUUCAAAGCCUGUAUUCAGGAUGCAAUGCAAAGCAGCAAAAUGGCUGGUUCACCUGGAAAGCUCCUGCUCACUUAUCCAAGUCUAGGGACUUUGGUGAGUGGCUCAUUUUAAAUGGGAGUGGGGUAUCCCUUAAGAUUUUUCAAAUUCUGUAUUUCAGGUUGCAAUAGUGGAAAAUUGCUACUUCAUAAGGGCUGAGAAUUUAAUUUCCUUAUAUUACUGGCGUCCCAGUACAUCUAAGUUAUGUCUUAAACAUAUAGCCCAGUCCCAAACGAAAUUGAGUCACUCGCCAUAGUCCCUGAAGUGGCGCAAGUGAGCAGAAAUGUUUUUCAGGCAACCCAGCCACUGUCUGAAUGUGUCUGAUCUGUCUAUCCUGUAUUUCAGCAUACAAUGUUAAAAUGCUGUUUCAUAAGGACUGAGAGAAAUGUAAAGAGACUUAUUCAAAGCCUGUAUUUCAGAGUGCAAUGUUGGAAAAUGCCGACAACUGUGAUUUUGUGUGAACAAAGAGGAAAUAAUAAAUGUUAAUUAUGUUAACAAGUCA